AUGCAUUCCAGUGUUGUGGGCCAACAGAAACAGUCUGAGGGCCGCAUGUCGCACUUGGGCCAUACUUUGCCGUCGCCGUGCGAGUGGUGCCGCUGUGAACCAAAUAACGAGGUGCACUGCGUGGUGUCGGACUGCGCGGUGCCCGAGUGCGUGAACCCCGUGUACGAGCCGGAGCAGUGCUGUCCCAUCUGCAAAAACGGUCCAAACUGCUUUGCUGGAACGACCAUCAUCCCAGCAGGGAUUGAAGUGAAGGUGGACGACUGCACCAUCUGCCGCUGCCACAACGGGGACUGGUGGAAACCGGCGCAGUGCUUGAGACGCGAGUGCCUCAAUGGUCAGGCUCUGUCCUAG